AUGACAAGUUUGUGCAUGUGCAUUUCGAUGAGCGGUACUGUUGCAUUGUGUUGCUUUUUUGCGCCAAAAGUAUAUAUUGCCGUAUGUCAACCAGAUAAAAAUGUCCGUAUGCGACAAAGUGCUCUUGGUCAUUUGGUUAAUCAACAAAUGAGGUUUAUGAGGAAUUCAGCAGGAAAGAAUUCAUUAGCAUCGAGUCAGAUUACUCAACAAUACGGAACCAUUGCUCCGGUAAUAAUCCAGGAAUUUCCUGACAAAUGCAAUGCAAAGAGCGACAAUGGUGAUAUUACCCUUCGAAAGAAAAACUCCGAUAAGCACGAAAAUUUACCGCUCUUGAAAACGGCACCAUUUCUGCAUCAAACUUCUAACAAAAUGUUGCAUUCCGACGAUGAACUUGCCAAAGAGACAAUUAUGUACCAAAAUAAUGAAUUAUUUUCUGAACGAUUUCUUGUCAAUUAUGAUGUCACUUUCCUUUGA